AUGCUGUGCCGCGCGCUGCUCCGCCGCGCCGCCGCCGCGCCCGCCCGUCCGUGCUCAGCGCUUCCCCUGCAGCAUCUCUUGGAGAGCUACCAGUGCAGCCGAGAAGAUGAUCACCUGUCCUACGGGCAGACGGGAAUGCCGGUCCCUCCUUUCGGCUGCACCUUUUCUACAGCCCCAAAUUUGGAGCACAUCCUGGCAGUUGCAAAUGAAGAAGGGUUUGUUAGACUGUAUGAUACUGAAGCACAGACCACCAGCAAGGUCAUCUUUAAAGAGUGGCAGGCUCACUCAAAUGCUGUAUUUGACCUCGCCUGGGUGCCAGGGGAGCACAGGAUUGUCACUGCUUCAGGAGAUCAGACAGCCAAGGUGUGGGAUGUGAGAGCUGGUGAGCUUCUUGGCAUAUGCAAAGGUCACCAGUGUAGCCUCAAGUCAGUUGCUUUUUCUAGGUUUGAGAAAGCUGUUUUCUGUACUGGAGGGAGAGAUGGAAACAUCAUGGUUUGGGAUACCAGGUGCAACAAGAAAGAUGGCUUUUACAGGCAGGUAAAUCAAAUCAGUGGAGCACACAACGUGGCUGACAAGCAGACUCCUUCCAAACCAAAGAAGAAGAGGCAGAACCUGAGAGGACUUGCUCCCUUGGUGGAUUUCCAGCAGAGUGUAACUGUGUUAGUGCUUCAGGAUGAGCAUACUCUUAUCUCUGCAGGAGCUGUUGAUGGUGUGAUCAAGGUGUGGGACCUGCGCAGGAACUACGCUGCCUUCCGCCAGGACCCGCUGCCCCUGCGCUCCUUCUGCUACCCUGGGACCAGCACUCGCAGGCUUGGAUAUUCUAGCCUGGUUUUGGAUUCCACUGGUGCUAAUCUGUUUGCUAACUGCACUGAUGACAGUAUCUACAUGUUCAAUAUGACAAGUUUAAGGACCACUCCAGUGGCAGUUUUCAGUGGACACCAGAAUUCCACCUUUUACAUCAAAUCCAGCACUAGCCCAGAUGACCAGUUCCUGGUCAGUGGCUCGAGUGACUGUAAUGCCUACAUCUGGAAGGUUUCUGAGCCCAGCCUUCCUCCACGGGUACUCCUUGGUCACUCUCAGGAAGUUACCUCCGUUGCUUGGUGUCCUUCAGACUUCACUAAGAUUGCCACAUGCUCUGAUGACAACACUGUGAGGAUUUGGCGCCUACAACGUUGUCCUGAGGAAGAGAAAUCAGUAUCCAGGAAAGCCAACCUGGUGGGCUGGGUCACUCAGAAGAAACCAGAAGAACAGCAUGGAGCAGGGCCAGCAGCCAGCCCACAGAGCACUCCUGCCAAGGCCCUGACAGUGGGCAGUGCGUGCAUUUCCUCACCCCGGCCUGCUGCCUGCGCUCCCACGCAGUGCGGAGACCUCCCGCUGCCCUCCUGCACUCCCACUGCUGCUCCCAACACCCCGAGUGCCACAGCCUCCACCCCAGCCAAGGCACCUGCAGCCAGCCCCUCUGCGUCCCCCAGACUGAUCCCUUCCUCCAGGAUGUCCAUCAAACACUGGGUUACAAGGACUCCCUGCUCUUCUCCUCCAGAAGUGGAGAAAAAGGCUCCUUCUCCUAGAAAAGCCCUGGCAGAAGUCACCCAGGUCACCCAGGGCCUCCUGGAAUCUGCUUGCCCUCCUCAAGUGCCACACUCACAGUUUGAAAAGCGUGCCAAGAGAAGGCUUGACUGCAGCAAGGAGGCUGAUGCAGGGCAGAAGUGUCUGCAGGGCUGUAGCUGUGUGACUGAGCUGGACCAUGCAGCUAAGAAAUCCAAGCUGAAUUUAUGUCACUUGGUUCCAGACCAAAAGGCUUCUGAUGAAGACUCUCUCAGCCUGGCUGACUUGUGUAACGACCAUGAAGGCUCCAGCCUCAGCCCAAAAGAGCCUUCUCUUUCUGGAAGCCAUAUUAAUCCAUCAGGCAUUGAAACUUCCCCCCAUCUUUUCAGAUCUCCACGUGGGAAAGACACUGAGGUAGUAGAUAAAGAAAACAAUUCUCCUGAAAGAAAAAAUUGGUUGUCUGCGCUGGGAGAGAAGCUACGGACUGGCAGAGCUGGCAGCCAGAGCAGGUCCAGCAGCCCCCUGUCAUCCUGCAGCCCUGGUGCCAAGAGACUCGAGUCUGGGGCAGUGGCCACUUCACCAAAAACUGCUGCAGCCCCUUCAGUUUCCAUGAGGAAGAUCUGCACAUACUUCCACAGAAAGCCACAGAAUGACUGAAGCAGCGUGCAGCACUUGCACCUGAGGGAUGCUGACACCAGGCUAUCAAGACCAGACUUAGCAAUGCCAACAACAAUGCACCAGG